UCAACAAUGAGCGGAAGAGGCAAAACCGGCGGCAAAGCGAGAGCGAAGGCCAAGACUCGCUCCUCCAGAGCAGGGCUGCAGUUCCCCGUCGGUCGUGUUCACAGACUUCUCCGCAAAGGGAACUACGCCGAGCGCGUCGGUGCCGGAGCUCCCGUCUAUCUGGCGGCUGUGCUCGAGUAUCUGACCGCUGAGAUCCUGGAGUUGGCUGGAAACGCCGCGAGAGACAACAAGAAGACCCGCAUCAUUCCCCGUCACCUGCAGCUGGCGGUGCGCAAUGAUGAGGAGCUCAACAAACUCCUGGGUCGAGUGACCAUCGCUCAGGGCGGCGUGCUGCCCAACAUCCAGGCCGUGCUGCUGCCCAAGAAGAGCGAGAAACCCGCCAAAGCCAAGUAAACCGAGUCCGCUCUGCUUCUCCAAC